CCAGCGUCUGAGCACCGCACACACUCACACACUCACACACACACACACUAAACUGCAGACAGCUCUGCCGGCUGAGCCAGCGUCUGCCUACCGCUGUUCUUCCAGCAUCCCUACUGCAUCCAGAAACAGCUGACAGCAUCCUCAGCCUUUAGAUCGCUUUUUUUUCCCUUUUGUCACUAAACUCUAGUGUAUGUAAGACAAGAAGUAGCGCAGAAAGCCGGCUGCUUCUCACGUCUGCUGCUUCCCUUCCCUCGACCUCCCUCCACCCUCUCGCUCUCUCUCUCUCCCUAGCUCACACACAUCCUAUCACAUCCACACCCACACCCAAGGAUACCUCCUUGCUUCCCUCUGCUGUUUCUCUCACGCCGGUCCUCUUUCUCUUUAACCCUCUACACCUGUAAAUACGUAUUUCUUGUUAUUUCCUCAGAGGAAGAGAUGCUCGCCUGACCUCUUUUCUUUCUACUCAAACACUUCUGUGGAUUCUCUUCUUUUUAAUCGAUCCCUGCUCUGCCACUUUGUUGCUACCUGUGGAGGUCCUCUGGUUCUACUUCAGCCUGCCGUCUCACAGAGUAAAGCCCCGCAGAGAGGCACCAUGCUGGGAUUGGACGUGUGUGAGUUUGGGGGUCAGGUGCUGGAGCUGCUCUGGCUAACUAUGUGCUACAGAGGUCUGAUUGCUGAAAAGAAUGACUUGCCCAUUGAGGAGGAAGAGGAUGAGCGAAAUCUCAACUACAACCCUCCAGCUCAGAAGUCCCUGCAGGAGAUUCAAGAGCUGGACAAGGAUGAUGAAAGUCUGGUGAAGUACAAGCAGACCCUGCUGGGGCCAGAAGCAAUGAUGGCAGACGCCUCUGGUCCUAAUGUCAAGGUGACCAGAUUGACCCUGCUGUGCGAUGACGCUCCUGAACCAAUUACUAUGGACCUGACAGGUACACAGUGCCUCUGUUUCGUCACUUCUUCACCAAACUACUUUUUCUCUCUAACCUUGUCCAGCUGUGGAUACAAUAUGGUGUUGCUGUUCACUUAA